AUGUUGCUCCGUCGUGUAACAACUCUACCCAAAACCCUACAAAACCUCCGGUCAUUCUCUCCGGCGGCGACCGCUUUAGCUAUCGACCAUCCCCUAGAAACCCAAUUAGAUUACCUCCCUGGAUUCCCGCGACCCGAUCCGAAAUACGCAGAGACGAUUUUGGCCGUUCCACGGUCUGAUUCCGGCAAGAGCAUCUCGGCGAAAGAGCGUAAAGCGGGUCGAAUUCAUUUGCACUCUGGAACUGAUGCUCCACUGAAUGUGACAUUCAUAAGAGCUCCUCCUGGUGCUUUGUUGAAGGUUGAUAUCCCUCUUGUGUUCAUAGGAGAUGAUGUUUCUCCUGGAUUAAAGAAAGGAGCAUCUCUGAACACAAUCAAAAGAACGGUGAAGUUCCUGUGUCCAGCAGAGAUAAUCCCACCAUAUAUAGAAGUAGAUCUCAGCCAAUUGGACGUGGGACAAAAGCUAGUGAUGGGAGACCUCAAAGUCCAUCCCGCACUUAAGCUUAUUAAGCCCAAAGACGAACCUAUUGUUAAGAUCGCCGGAGGGAGAGUCACUGACCCAAAGAAAUAA